CAUCGAGUUUUCAUCUACAUGAUUCUGUGGUCAUUGGAGAAUUCGAUCUGUGAACGUGAGAAGCGCAUCUAUGUAAUGUCUGUAUUCGUGUUGCUAGCUCCGAUUCGUUUUGUUGACAUCGUUCGUCAUCGUUUCUGUUUUUCUGUGUUUUUCUGUUCAUCUCCGAAAUGACUUUGGCGUAGUUAAAAAGCAAAUUUCUAAAAACAUAUAGUUGCUCAACAGCAAAACAGAAAAACGGAAACGACGACGAACGAUGUCGGCAAAACGAACUGGAGCAAGGCAUAUGAAUACAAACAUUACAUAGAUGCGCUUCUCACGUUCACAGAUCGAAUUCUCCAAUGACCACAGAAUCAUGUAGAUGAAAACUCGAUGACAAAGUUGGACGCGGUACGGCUACAUGGUAAGGGGUAGGGAAGUACAAUCAUGUGGAAUCUCCCUCAGAUUAGCUGCAGAGCCUACAGAGAUUUCGCUUGAAAUUAGUCAUCAGCUUUUAUCAUGUACGUACUACAGUAACACUAGUCUUGAUGGCGUCGAUUAUGUAUGAUAAAAAGAAGCUUAAAAAUAAAAAACACUACGCCGAAAGAGGGAUAGAUAAUAGAGAGUAUAACAUAAUGAAGGAGAAGCACAAUCAGCUAUGCAGACUUUGCGCCGAGAGCAAAUCAGGCCUCGUCGGCAUCUACAAGAUUGAGGGCCGAACUCUCAAAAUCGAGAGCAAAAUCGCCAAGUGCCUUCACAUACAGUUAUUCUGUUUACAGGUUUUUUUGGACGAUCUUCUGCCACUGUCCGUAUGUCAUGAAUGCUGUACACUAUUGAACAUAUGCAACGAUUUCUAUGAAAAAGCUAAUGACGCGCAGUGUAACCUUCAUGAUAUGCUGGUAUCUAAAGAAACUUCACAGAGUAGAGCCGUGUCUGAAGUCAAGUCAAAUUCUGUUGAAAAGACCGGGGACACUUCUAAAGGAGAGACGAUAGAAGUAGAGGUAGACUUAGUUCCAGAAGAGAUUGCAGAUGACGAAGAAUACUCUGACAGUGGAAAUAAUGAUACUGGAGAAAGGGAUCAGAUAUCUCAAACAGAAGUGAAGGAUGGUAAAGAUAAUGAUAGUAAGAGUGCAACAGAAAAUGGAUCUCUUAACCAGAAUAAUAAAAAAAAAGUUAAGAGGAAAAGUAGUUCAAAUGAAACAAAUGAGAAUGCAAAAAAAGCAAAAUAUUGUGGUACAAAUGAUAAAAGAGCUGAUGGGAAUCCUUUAUCUAAGAGAGAGAUGGGCCCUGGUUGCGAUUCUUCAUGCCGAUUUAAAUGCCAAACAAAAGUCACAUAUGAAGAGCGGGUUCAGUUAUUUGAAGAAUUUUGGAAUAUAGGUAAUCAUAGUUUGCAAUGGCGUUACAUUGACAAAAUGUUGCAUUGGAGUGAACCUCAGAACAGGACGGAACAACAAAAGAAUGUAGAAGGUCUAAGAAAAAAAUUUUCAUAUCAUUACUUCCUUGAUCUUGGCACGAAAAAGCAAAAAGUUUGCCAAACAAUGUUCCUGGAUACCUUUGAUAUUAGUGGUGCUUGGAUCAGAACAAUUGCCAAGAAGAAAAUAAAUGGGGAGUUUACACUAAGUGAUAUGCGAGGAAAACAUAAUAACAAACCUAAAAGAAUACCAGUGGAAAUUAGAAACUCCGUCGAUGAACACAUAAGAUCAUUUCCAAAAAUUAAAUCGCACUGCUGCGGAGAGUCGAUACAAAGGGAGUAUUUGGAUGCGACGUUAAAUAUCAAGAAAAUGUAUACGAUGUACAAAAGCUGGAUGGAAAGCACGGGUAGAAAAGAAAUAGCGAGCGAACAUUGCUACCGCGAUACGUUCAAUAAUAGCUACGAUUUGUCUUUUCAUAGGCCAAAAAAAGAUCAGUGCGAAUUAUACAUAGAGCAUAAAUUUCGAAGUGAUGAAAGAAAGCAAAAACAAGAGACGCAUGAUGUAAAAGAUUCACAAAAUUUAAUGGACCAAAGUUCGAUUCCUGAACAACAAAGUUUGAUACCUGAACAACAAAGUUGGAUUCCUGAACAGCAAAGUUUGAUUCUUCAUCAGCAAAGUUCGAUCCCUCAUCAACAAUAUCAUGAUUAUUAUAGCACAAUAUUAUAAAUUGAUAAAUUUUUGCAUUCACUGCUAAAUAUUCAUGUAAAGAGAGGAAGAGACUGUUAUUAUUAACAGCUAUUCAAUUUAAAAGUUGUUACGUAAAUAUUAAGUACAGUGUACAUAUACAUACAGAUAUAUAGUUCUACUUUUGUAUCAGUAUUUGCUUUUUUGUUUUCUAUAAUACUUAUUCUUGUACAUGCGUACACGUAUACGUACGCGCGCGCGCCUACAUGUUCAACACAUUGUUCAUUUACAGCGAACUAUUAAUAACAAUUAGAUUUACAAUAAAGGUAUACAUUUUGUUUGCAAGCGUACUCGCCGCGGCGAGAUUACGUUUAGUUUAUUUCAUGUCUUCGAGAUGCCUGAAGUAUUUGUCAUUUAUUUAUCUCUUCGAAAGAAUAAUAAAGUUUGUUCUAAAAAAUA